UGCGUGUAGUCUGGCUAGUGUCGGCAGCGUGUGUCUGGCAUUGCAGCUUCUGCAACCUGGCUCCAGGGCUAUGGAUCUGAGCACUUAAGAGGCUUUCCAGAAGUCAUACUGGAACCUCAUUCUAAGGAUGAAGGACCUGAGGACUAGCUUCUGGAAGAGCUAGGAGCUGAACCUGGAGUCCUGAUGCCUUGCUCCUUUAGGGGCCAGGAGAGUUUGGCAGCAAGCAUGGCUGCAGUGCCCAGCACUUUAGGAUCCUGUUGCGCCUCCCUGGAAUCUGUUGAUUGACUUAUGUGCAGUUUGGGAGCCUGGAGUUUCCUCGCCCUCUGCAGACUGGAGCAGAUCCUCCGCCGGUGUUACAAAAAGCAGGCCGAAUGAGGCAGAGAAGCUGAGCACUGUCUGAAAGGCCCCCGUAGAGCGGCACAAGGCGUCGAGAGCCCGUGGGCUGGGCAGCUGGGAGCAAGGCCCGGUGCUGAGGAUGGACAGGCAGCAAGCCCUACCCUGGGUCCACACAGCCCUCAUCCUCUUCCUCCUCAGCCCCGGAGGGGCCAUUGAAAUUCCAAUGGAUCCAAGCAUUCAGAAUGAGCUGACCCAGCCCCCGACUAUCACCAAGCAGUCAGUGAAGGACCACAUCGUGGACCCCCGUGAUAACAUCCUGAUUGAAUGUGAAGCUAAAGGGAACCCCGCCCCCAGCUUUCACUGGACUCGAAACAGCAGAUUCUUCAACAUUGCCAAGGACCCCCGGGUGUCUAUGAGGAGGCGGUCUGGGACCUUGGUGAUUGACUUCCGCAGUGGCGGCCGACCUGAGGAGUACGAAGGGGAGUACCAGUGCUUCGCCCGGAACAAAUUCGGCACGGCGCUUAGCAACCGGAUCCGCCUGCAGGUGUCCAAAUCUCCUCUGUGGCCCAAGGAAAACCUAGAUCCCGUCGUGGUUCAAGAGGGCGCCCCUUUGACGCUGCAGUGCAACCCCCCACCCGGCCUCCCGUCCCCAGUCAUCUUCUGGAUGAGCAGCUCCAUGGAGCCCAUCACGCAGGACAAGCGAGUCUCCCAGGGCCACAAUGGGGACCUCUACUUCUCCAACGUCAUGCUGCAGGACAUGCAGACCGACUACAGCUGCAAUGCACGUUUCCACUUUACCCACACCAUCCAGCAGAAGAAUCCUUUCACCCUCAAGGUCCUUACCAACAACCCUUAUAAUGACUCGUCCUUAAGAAACCACCCCGACAUGUAUAGUGCCCGAGGGGUGGCCGAAAGAACGCCUAGCUUCAUGUAUCCGCAGGGCACCUCGAGCAGCAAGAUGGUGCUUCGUGGCAUGGACCUGCUGCUGGACUGCAUUGCCUCUGGGGUCCCAACACCAGACAUUGCAUGGUACAAGAAAGGUGGGGACCUCCCGUCUGACAAGACCAAGUUUGAGAACUUUAACAAGGCCCUGCGCAUCACCAAUGUCUCUGAAGAAGACUCCGGGGAAUACUUCUGCCUGGCCUCCAACAAGAUGGGCAGCAUCCGGCACACGAUCUCGGUGAGAGUAAAGGCUGCUCCAUACUGGCUGGAUGAGCCCAAGAACCUGAUCCUGGCUCCUGGGGAAGACGGGAGGCUGGUAUGCCGAGCCAAUGGGAACCCGAAGCCAACUGUCCAGUGGAUGGUGAAUGGGGAGCCUUUGCAAUCGGCGCCACCCAACCCCAACCGUGAGGUGGCUGGAGACACAAUCAUCUUCCGGGACACUCAAAUCAGCAGCAGGGCGGUGUACCAGUGCAAUACAUCCAAUGAACAUGGCUACCUACUGGCCAAUGCCUUCGUCAGUGUGUUGGAUGUGCCUCCUCGGAUGCUGUCUCCCCGGAACCAGCUCAUCAGGGUGAUCCUUUACAAUCGGACACGGUUGGACUGUCCGUUCUUCGGGUCUCCUAUUCCAACACUGCGAUGGUUUAAGAAUGGGCAAGGAAGCAACCUGGAUGGUGGUAACUACCACGUCUACGAAAACGGCAGUCUGGAAAUCAAGAUGAUCCGCAAAGAGGACCAAGGCAUCUACACCUGUGUGGCCACCAACAUCCUGGGCAAAGCUGAAAAUCAAGUCCGCCUAGAGGUCAAAGACCCCACCAGGAUCUACAGGAUGCCCGAGGACCAGGUGGUCAAGAGGGGCACGACGGUGCAGCUGGAGUGUCGCGUGAAGCAUGACCCCUCCUUGAAGCUCACGGUCUCCUGGCUGAAGGACGAUGAACCACUGUACAUUGGGAACAGAAUGAAGAAGGAAGAUGACUCCCUGACCAUCUUUGGUGUGGCAGAGCGGGACCAGGGCAGUUACACGUGCAUGGCCAGCACCGAGCUGGACCAAGACCUUGCCAAGGCCUACCUCACUGUUCUAGCUGAUCAGGCCGCUCCAACUAACCGUUUUGCUGACCUGCCCAAAGGACGGCCAGACCGACCCAGGGACCUGGAGCUCACUGACCUGGCUGAGAGGAGUGUGAGGCUGACCUGGAUCCCAGGAGAUGACAACAACAGCCCCAUCACAGACUACGUCAUCCAGUUUGAAGAGGACCAGUUUCAACCGGGGGUCUGGCAUGACCACUCCAGGUUCCCGGGCAGUGUCAACUCCGCCGUCCUCCAUCUGUCCCCCUAUGUCAACUACCAGUUCCGAGUCAUCGCUGUCAACGAGGUGGGGAGCAGCCACCCCAGCCUUCCGUCUGAGCGCUACAGAACCAGUGGGGCCCCUCCUGAGUCCAAUCCCAGCGAUGUGAAGGGAGAAGGGACAAGAAAGAAUAAUAUGGAGAUCACGUGGACGCCCAUGAAUGCUACCUCUGCCUUUGGCCCCAACCUGCGCUACAUUGUCAAGUGGCGACGGAGAGAGACCCGAGAAACAUGGAACAAUGUCACGGUGUGGGGCUCUCGCUACGUGGUGGGGCAGACCCCUGUCUACGUGCCCUAUGAGAUCCGAGUCCAGGCUGAAAAUGACUUUGGGAAGGGUCCCGAGCCUGACACCGUCAUCGGGUACUCAGGAGAAGAUUAUCCCAGAGCCGCACCCACUGAAGUUAAAAUCCGAGUCAUGAACAGCACAGCCAUCAGCCUUCAGUGGAACCGGGUCUACUCUGACACGGUCCAAGGCCAGCUCAGAGAAUACCGAGCUUACUACUGGAGGGAAAGCAGCUUGCUGAAGAACCUGUGGGUGUCUCAGAAGAGACAGCAGGCCAGCUUCCCUGGUGACCGCCCCCGGGGCGUGGUGGCUCGCCUCUUCCCCUACAGUAACUACAAGCUGGAGAUGGUUGUGGUCAACGGGAGAGGUGAUGGGCCUCGCAGUGAGACCAAGGAAUUCACCACCCCAGAAGGAGUACCCAGUGCCCCAAGGCGUUUCAGAGUCCGGCAGCCCAACCUGGAGACCAUCAACCUGGAGUGGGAUCACCCGGAGCACCCCAACGGAAUCCUGAUUGGAUACACUCUCAAAUACGUGGCCUUUAACGGAACCAAACUGGGAAAGCAGCUGGUGGAAAACUUCUCUCCCAACCAGACUAAGUUCUCGGUGCAGAGGGCAGACCCUGUGUCUCGCUACCGCUUCUCCCUCAGUGCCAGGACGCAGGUGGGCUCUGGAGAAGCUGCCACAGAGGAGACCCCGGCACCUCCGAAUGAAGCUACUCCAACUGCAGCUCCUCCCACGUUGCCCCCGACUACUGAGGGUGCCACAGGCCUAGUGAGCAGUACUGAUGCUACUGCCCUUGCUGCCACCAGUGAAGCCACUACAGUCCCCAUCAUCCCAACUGCCGUACCUACCACCAUCGCCACCACUGUCGCCACAACUACUACAACCACUGCCGCAACCACCACCACCACUACCACCACCACCACCACCACUACCACGGAGAGUCCUCCCACUACCACCAUUGGGACUAAGAUUCACGAAACCGCCCCCGAUGAGCAGUCCAUUUGGAACGUCACGGUGCUCCCCAACAGUAAAUGGGCCAACAUCACCUGGAAGCACAAUUUCAGGCCUGGAACUGACUUUGUGGUUGAGUACAUUGACAGCAACCAUACGAAAAAAACUGUCCCUGUUAAGGCCCAGGCCCAGCCUAUACAGCUGACAGACCUCUAUCCCGGGAUGACGUACACGUUGCGGGUGUAUUCCCGGGACAACGAGGGCAUCAGCAGUACCGUCAUCACCUUUAUGACCAGUACAGCUUACACCAAUAACCAGGCAGACAUCGCCACCCAGGGCUGGUUCAUCGGGCUCAUGUGUGCCAUCGCCCUUCUGGUGCUGAUCCUGCUCAUCGUCUGCUUCAUCAAGAGGAGCCGUGGCGGCAAGUACCCAGUGCGAGAAAAGAAGGAUGUCCCUCUGGGCCCUGAAGACCCCAAAGAAGAAGAUGGCUCAUUUGACUACAGCGAUGAGGACAACAAGCCCCUGCAGGGCAGCCAGACAUCCCUGGACGGCACCAUCAAGCAGCAGGAGAGUGAUGACAGCCUGGUGGACUACGGUGAAGGUGGCGAGGGCCAGUUCAAUGAAGACGGCUCCUUCAUCGGCCAGUACACGGUCAAAAAGGACAAGGAGGAAACAGAGGGCAAUGAGAGCUCCGAGGCCACAUCGCCGGUCAAUGCCAUCUAUUCUCUGGCCUGACGGAGCGCCCCAGGCACAGCACACUACUUUGCAAGUAGGAGGGGAGAAGGGGAGAUAAAGCGACCGCAGACCUACCACAAAGCCACAACCACCUUCAGGGACAAGGGUACAACAUGGGGUCUGCCGAGCUGUGAGGACCAGUGGCGACCCAGCUAUUCACAACCCCCUCCCAGUGAUACCCCAAUGCCCGUGGGUGUCACUAGAUGGGAAAGCUAGAGCUACACUCGUUGGAGGGAGUGCUAGUUUCUUGCCCUGUCUCAUGGCCACCCUGAGCAUUUCACCACAAUGGCCAGCCUUGAUCUCGGCACACACUCAUCCAUUCCUAUUGCUUACAAUCUUUUCACUGUCUUCGUUUUUUUUUUCUUUGUGUAUCUUCUCCUUCCAGCCCAUUGUCUCCAUUUUCUUUUACUUUUGAAAAAAAAAACGUCCCUGGAAAAAGACUAAGUGGGCUCUCCCCCAGGAAACGAAAAGAUGGGCAAAAAGGAUUGAUCCAUAACACAACAUGCAGAAAAGCUGUAGUAUUCAAGCGCCACCAGGCCAGUGUGUUUCCGAAGGAUGCCUUUCGCCAUAUGCCUCCCCUACCCCCACUCCCCACCCAUCUGCCUCGGCCUUGUCCGUGCUGAGCUGGGCUUGGCUCCUUUCUGGAAAAUGACAGUGUUUUUUUUUUUUUUUUUUUUUUUUGUUUUGUUUUGUUUUUUGGCAGGGAGAGGGUGGGCAGGGCUCCUUGCCGUACUCUGGUUUGGUUGGGAGUGGGGUUUACCUCUUGCUACUCGUUCUUACUCUGCCCCUGCUGCCAGAGAGUCUGAGAGUGAGCUGCACCCAAGAUGAAGAUGAAGAAUAGGUACCGAUGAGAAGGACUGAGCCCCGUGCAGAAACAAGUGAGAGUGUGGUUCCCGGGUAACGGAGCAAAUCUCUGGAGGAAAGAAAGGGCUGGGUCUGGAGCUCUUUUGUCUCUGGUAGUGAAACCCGGAGUGGAAGAGAGAGGACCACGGCUGCCCACCCAGUCAGGGUCUACGCUGCUACCCUACAAGAGCUGAAUCCCUGUGAUACAGGAGCGUGGCUGGUGUAUCUGGGGGUAACAAUGCUGCUCCCCCUCCCAUCCUGUCCUCGCUCAGUUGUGUCUGACAUGGACUUGUGUUUGACAUGGUAUAUGAAUGGGGAUCUGCUGCCCCCAGACUGAGCCUGUCUGUCCUUUCAUUAGGGUACACAUACAUAUCAGGGGACCAUGAGGUGCACCCUGCUAACUGCAGUGCUGUGAUGCCCCUGUCUGGAAGGACACAAAGCUCUUCGUAUGCCUUACGCAGCUCUGAUCUAACCCUGCAGUUCCCAGAUCCCUAGCCCUACUCUGCAAGCCUUGAUGCCUCCAGUGAUGUAUGUCUCGGGACCAGGGCAGCCUAUGCAAGCGUCCCCUUGGGACCAGAAGCAGCCACUCCACACUUGCCCUUCCCCCCACCACCCGAAUGGAGACACUCGCAGGCCUGAAGUUCUCAGCCUGAAGGUGCUGCCUUCAUCCCCACCUAAUCCACUUUUGAAACCAAAGGUACCUUGCCUCAACGACACAAGAGAUGGGAGCUCUUGAGCCAGAGUGUCACCCUGGAGCUGUGUCUACAGCCUGAGGCAGUUGUGGGAGGGCGAGGUCGACCACUGCAAAUGGAUCACCUGCCACCGGCAUGGCCUCCAACUUUAGCUAUUAGUCAGGGGCCUAGGCAGGCCCAGGGCUGCGCCCUUCAGAGACUUUUCAAAAGCGUCAUUUGCCACAUGUUUAAGCCGCAGAGGUAUUAGCAAUGCUUCCAUCCCUUGAUAAGCAUCCGAUUGAAGGUCAGGCCCAUAGGCACACACCCUCUGCAGGUAAGAAACCACAUCCCAGAGAUGAGCCGAUAAUGUUUGAGCCUGAGUGUGUGUCAUGGUCCUUUGGCUCAACCCAUGGCCAGCACUGCUGCCUGGAGGCCCGACGGACAUAUCUCAUGGUGAAAGGGGACAGGGUAAAGGGCAGAAGGCUGGGGAUGGGGGUGUGCUCAGGGUCCCCUUCCCUGGCUCCAGUCUAGCUCUUCUUGAACGCAGCAGGGCAUUGCUGUGGUAUAGGCCACCGUCCCUGGAGGGAAGGCUGGGGAAAUGUGCCUGUCAGCUUAAGUGAGGCACCACCCUUUCCAGAAAAAAUUUUAGAUCUGGGCAGAGUGGCCAGUUUCUCGGAUCUCAUUCACGUGGCACCAUCCGGCUAGUGAACCGAUGCACCGAGAACAGGCUUUUAGAGGAAGAGACUCUUAGAUGUGCCUGCCACAGACAACCUGGAGAGGGCUGCUUUGGUCUUAGGGGUCUGGGGGGAGAAGUGAAUCCUUAAACUGUCUUUGUGCCCCGCUCCAGAGUGCUGGCAUGCUCAGUACCCUCCUCCUCUGUAUAUAAAGAGAAAGUUACGAACCUUUCUCUCGAACUGCUUUGUGGGUGCUGAUAGGGGCUCCCACCGCCACUGAUCAUAGCUCUCCUGGGAGGAACAGAUCUGGGCUGAAGAACCAGUUUCUCCCAAGUAGAGAUGGCAGGUGCCCACAGACCAGGCUCAGCAGUGUGGGGGUGCAAGGUGGAGGAGGCAGCUCCUUCCAGGGAGGGGAGAGGCCACUUUCCACACAGCCUGCCGGAGUGUACCCCAACUCAGCAGGAGAGCAGUAUUGCCCCCUCCCUGCGCCUGGAUCCUAAGCAGCCAUCCCAAAGCGAUACCUAGUCCUGCUAGAGUUUCACCUGUCUAGUGGGGGCAGGGGAAGAGAGCAGUCAUCUUGCAGUGAUGCUGAGUGUUUAUCAAAUGCUCUUUGAGUCUGGGCCAAGGCUUGAGCCCUGAGUACCAUGUUAACGAGUGAGGUCAGAUGUGGCCCCUGCCCACACAGGGCUGAUAUUACUGGAAAUGAGUAGAUGAAUUACCAGGAUACGGAGACCAUUACGUUGGAAGCAUGGUGUUCUUGUUUGCUUAGACUACUGAAUGCUUCAAGUCAGAAAAGAAAGGCUUCCAAGGGAGAACCUGGUCCAUUGGGCCGGCAAAUCUGGACAGGACGUGGCAGUCAAGAUGAAUGGAGUUCAGCAACCAGUGUUGUGCUUCCUUAGGGUGUCUGUCUCCCCCAUUUAGCCCCUCUUUGAAUACUCUUGUUCAGAGGUGGGUUGGAUGUACAUGUCGGGAUCAACUGUCCUCCCCCCUCCCCAACCCUCACCCCGCCACCGCCUGGGAUAUGGUAAACAGGACACAUGGGUCCCUGCUUGGGCAGAGAGCUGAGUUGAUAGAGGGAAAACCAGCCUGGCUCCUGUCCUUGCCUAUUUCCUCUGCCCCCAGAGGUCAGGGUAGAAGGGACCACUUCCUCCCAACGAGGUCUAGAAUGAUCAAUGAGCCUAGAGUCAGCCGGUGACUCAGCUCAAAGGAAAUAAGAGAGCUUGUCCAUGGUUUCCCUGAACACAGUCAGCGUUCAGAAGGGGAUAGAAACAUCCAUGGGUAUUUGUAGAGUUUCCGGACAGCCUCCCCACCCACCACACACCUGUGCACACGCACACGCAUGCAGCAUUCCCACACCCUGUUGCAGAGCAGUGUUUCCAAGAGGGAACAGCCCAGAUCAUGCAUCAUCUCGCAGGAUGUGAGUCCGUGUCUGGUUCACAUGACAUGAGCUACUAAGACCUGGGAAAGGAGGGAUUUUGGGAAGGGAGAGAUUCUCUGGGUUGGGCCUUAUUUUUGUGACUCCUGUGGGCAGAAUGCAGAGAAGAGAUCAGAAAGAGAGACAUUUUCUGGCCCCUCCUGAGAGCUCCUGGUUAAGCCUGGCUGCCCUAGAGCCCCCCUCCCCCGACAUGAUGGGGAAAGCAAGGUCUCCUUGCUAUUUAUGAAGCGGUUUCAUUGUUGCUCAGCAGAGGUAAAACAUCUUGGUCCCUCCAUGGUCUGUGGCUGAGGCCAAGGUUCACUUCUCGCGGGAGGAUAGCAGGUUGCUUGGGUAUCACCCCAGAGCCCAUUCCUCACUUCUGUCACCUUGUGGUGGGGUGUCUGUCCUCCCUAAGUCCUUCAGCAGUAGCCUCUGUCCAGUGCAAGCCAAUGGCCAGGGUUGGUUCACCCAGCUGGGCCACAGUGCUCCCUUUUUACCGAAGCGAAAGUCCUCAUGAGAAUUUCACAAGGUAGCCUAGGAAGUCCAUGCCGGCAGUUCCCAAUUCAAAACAAGAAGCCAGCGACAGAGAAUGUGGCGUGUCAGGAGCCUCAAUGCCCUGGGGGGACACAGGUGGACUGGGCAGAGCUUCCCUUCAACUCAGUGGCCAAAUGCCUUUUAAUCCUAAUAUGCUGAUAAGAGCAGCCGCUGCCACGAGACAGGAGACGACGAUGAAGUAGAUCCAAGGCAUCUCGCUUAGGACAGAAUCGGAUUCCCUUUGUGAAGGAACCUCAGAGCUGAUCUAAUUUAAAUGACUCAUUGUGCAGACGUGCAUGGAGGAGAGCUGGUCAGCGAGGGUACUUUAGGGCCUUCUGACUCCGUGUCCAGUGUUCUUUCAUCCCCACCGCAGCUGCCUCGGUAGGUGUUGCUUGAGAUCUGUCCUGCAUAUCACCCUGCCACCUCUCUCUACCUUUACGCUUCCGCUCCCAGAACCUCCCAGUGUACAACAAAAAGGCUUCUCCUUAGUCCGAGAUCAGCCAGCCCGUGGUUAACUCAGCCGGGGUGUUACAAGCAGCCCCAGCCAGAAGGUGGGAUGAUGAGCCAGCCCACUGUGUUUGCUCCUGUGAAACCCGGACUGGGCCCCAGAAUGGUGUCUCUUGCUUCAUCAGCAUACGGUAUUCCCCAGAAGUGAGGGCAUGGAGGGGGGUCUCUGUCCAUUCUGCCCUUGACCGUAGAGUCUGCAGGUGCUGAGGGAUAGCGGGGCCCAGGCAAGCUUACCACCCUGGGAUCUGCUGCGUUGGAGUUCAGCAGAUGUAAAGACUUCCAUGAAGCAAUAAACACAAAAGUCUGGGAGUAGAUAUCCAGAAUUUUGUGCGCUCUGUUUUGUUUUUUCUUUCAAAGUUGCUGCAGAUCAGAUGACCUGACCUGCUCGCUCUUCUCAGUCUCAGAUGUGAUGUCCUAAGUCAGUGUUUCCCCUCUGCCCAGCUUCCCAGCUCUUUGCCAACUUCUUUCUGAGCUGAUUAUCAGUCACUUGUCUGUCACACGCCGCUAUCCAUCCCGGUCCCCGCCUCAACCAUGCUGGAUCCUGGAGGACCUCUUGCCCCGCCCCCAACCGCAUACACAUCUCUGCCUUCCACCAUGGUGUUCCCCGUGUCUCCAUCCCGCCCCACGUUCCUACACACGCAAGUUGGUCUAAUCUUUUCUCCUUUGGUUACACAUUUAACUCUCCAUGGCAAGCCCACGUUAAUCCCUCUCACAUCGCAUCCUUCUUGUGAGUUACUUGUCAUUAACCAACUUUGUCAGCAACAGAUAUGUAUCUGAGGGUGUCACGCGCGACCUUCAGCAGGGACUUCUGGGCCAUGGAAGACUGUCUAAUACAUGGACUUAUAAACUGACUGCAUGAGCAAUGAAAAGGCCAAAAUAUUCAGAUUUUUUUUGAAUCACUGUAAAAAAAAACUGAUUUCUUUUGUAUAGAGAACACUAAACGUAUAAUAAAAGUUGUUCAAAAUGGA